CUCAUUCGUAAUGGCCGCCCAUAAGUAAAAACGUGUCCCGCUGCUGAAGAACAAUUUCGUACGUUUGCGCUAGCUAAACUCCUUAAAAUAUAGCUGUAAACUGAGCGGCAGUGAUUUUUAUCAGCCAAAACGAUAACACAAAAAACCAAGGCGAAGUAAUAACAAAUAAUAACAAAAGGAAGAAGAACCAAAUUUCAACUUUUGCCUAAAACGAUGAUGAACUGAAAUGUGCAAAUUUGAUGAACGUAAUUAUGCCAAUUCACACAGAACCUUCGAUUUCAACGUGAAAAAUGUCGUCGACACAUUUGCUGCAUUCGCUGUCACUGUUGUUGCUACCACUGCGUUGUCUACGUAAUUGCCACCAGAUCGUUUCCUUGGCCAUUAUCCUGCUGUCGGCGCUGUCAGCUAGAGUUCCCAAGGACCAAGGACGACGACAGCCGAGGGAGGAGGCGGAGGAGCGGCAGGAGGAGGAGGAUCGGGCGGAGGAGGAGGACACGCCCUAUAUAGUCGCCAAUCCACACCCAAUCCCCACCAGCAGUGGCACUACGUCUUCGGCCAGGGGAACGGGCACAGGGGCUGCGUUAACCAGCUGGCAAAGCAGCCACAGCCACCGCAGCCCCGGUGCUCAGGAUCGGGAUCGGUAUCAGGAGGAGGAUCAGGAGGAGCACCUGUUGUACCCCCAGAAUCCGCAGUCCCAUCUCCAGUCCCAUCUUCGGCUAACGAAAACAGCCAGGGGAACGAGUAGAGGAGUGAAUACAACUACAACGCAAACCACGCAACGGAGUAGAUCCUCCAGAAUCCAGAGUAGCAGUAGCAGCCCGAAUCCCACUGCCCUCUGCUGUUGGACAGCCGGAGCAGCGGUAGCAUCCAUAGCCACCUAAGAAAACACUCACAACAGCCACAGCAACAGCAAAUAGAAACGUUCCACACACCACCCACAAACACCCAAUUACCCACAACACCAACACAAAUCAAAAGCCAGCAAGAUGUCCAAGCUGUCGUUCAGAGCCCGCCAUUUGGAUCCGUCCAAGCAGAUGCCCAUCUACUUGGCCGAGGAGCUGCCCGACCUGCCCGAGUACUCAGCCAUCAACCGGGCGGUGCCGCAGAUGCCCAGUGGCAUGGAGAAGGAGGAGGAGUCGGAACACCAUCUGCAGCGGGCUAUAUGCGCGGGCCUAAUCAUCCCCACGCCCGAGGUUCUGCAGACGGACCAGCCCUUCUACGAUGCCUACUAUCCGCCGGACUAUAAAAUGCCCCGCCAAAUGAUCCACAUGCAACCUCUUGGGCUGGACACCGAGGUUCCUGACUACGACAUGGACAGUGCCGACGAGGACUGGCUCAGACAGCAGCAGCGCUUGGAGCUCACCGAACUGAAGUUCGAGCAGAUGAUGGACCGGCUGGAAAAGAGCUCCGGCCAAACGGUGGUCACGCUGAACGAGGCCAAGUCACUGCUCAACCAGGACGACGAGACCAGCAUAUCCGUCUACGACUACUGGCUGAACAAGCGCCUCAAGAUGCAACACCCACUAAUCCUCACAGUGAAAACGGAGAGUCGACCCGGCGCUAGCUCCAACAACCCGUACUUGGCCUUUCGGCGGCGCACUGAGAAAAUGCAAACCCGUAAGAAUCGUAAGAACGAUGAGGCCUCCUACGAGAAGAUGCUCAAGCUGCGACGUGACCUGCAGCGCGCCACCACUAUACUGGAGAUGGUGCGGCGACGCGAGGAGACGAAACGCGAUCAUCUCAAGAUGACGGUGAACAUCUUUGAGAAGCGCGUCGAGAUGCGCGACUUCAACGGUGCUGUCUACUCGGAGCUGAAUUCUCAGUACAAGAACACAAGACCCGCGUAUAAUCCAUUGUAUACGAAUCAAUACUCACAAGGGGCGGCGGCGGUGGGAACGGCUGGUGCUAUUCUGGCCGCCCUGCCCACGGGUCUGCUGCCGAGCGGUGUUGGAGCGGCGGGCAAUGCAAAUGUCUUCGGCUCAGCGUCGCAGUACCUGAACACGUCGAAUCUGACAAUGGGUAAGGAUGCCAUCAACAGUGGCAGUGGCAACGGGAGCAGCAGUCGCAAGGAGAAGCGUACGUACAAGAAGCGCAAGCACAAACUGCCCCGCGACAAGCAGCCACACCAGCAACAGCCACAGCAGCAGCACCAUCAGCACCAACAGCAGCAGCAACAACAGUAUUUGCCGGGACUGCCGGCGUCUGGAGGCGCUGGAGUCUCGCCCGCACACCACCUGCCCCACCACCUGCACCACCUCAGCAGGCAGCAGAGCGCCUCGCCGGCGGCCAACGACUCGAUCGCGGACAGCGAGGAGGAGGACUACUUUGGCGCCGGGGCCCAGAAUGGCAACAAACUGGGCUCGGAGAGCGAGGAGGAGACGCCGUUUGCAUUUAGGCGCAGGUCGAGCUGUAUUUACCUGCCGACUCGUCACCGAGAUGGUCGCUGGCCUUGGGAGUCUGCCGACGAGGAGAUGGCGCCCAGUGGAGCCUGCUCGGAUGCCAAAUAUCGUUACACACUGACCUCCAUCAAUUAUCCCAGGCCACGUUGCAUCGGCUUCGCGCGUCGUCGUUUGGGUCGUGGCGGUCGUAUCCUCCUUGACCGGGCCACAACAAACUACGACGACUUCUGGUCGCAACUGGACUACACGGUGAUGGAGAGCGUGGUGGCCGACAGGUGUGGCGACAAACUCAAGCCGGAGCAUCCCGAGCAGUUGUGCAAACCCAGUUCGCCGCCCACGGUGGUGGAUUUGAUUCCCGCCGGAAAGCCCGUCGAAGGUGAGCAGUCUGUCCCGGAUCUGAUAAAGGUGGAACCCCCCAGCGACAUGGAAAAGCCAGCAGCAGCGGCGGGUAUAGAGUCCGGCCAGGAGAGCAAAGAACUGGAGCUAGAAGAGGGAUAUGAAAUGGAAGUGGAGGAUGAAUACCUGGCCAGCGACGAUGAGAAUUUGUCAAGGCUUGGAAUCUACAGCUCGGCGGUAACGUUACCCCAAAAUUGGAUAGAACUUCGCCAGAAACGUCGCCGCCUGCGUCGCAAGAAGCAGCAACUGCGAGAGCUAAAUGCAGCCAAGCGACUGAAAAGAUCUGUGGAUGCGAUGGCGACAGCUGGAGAGGUUCAGAUUCAGGAGGAGGAGGACACCAAACCAGCACUGGGUCCUUUGCCCAGGUCUUAUAUCCAGCGUUUGGCACUGGUUCUUGGCCAGAAACUCAAAAAGGAGGAAGAGGAUAAGGAAGAUUGCGAGAAUCUGGCAACAGAGCUGCUGGAGAAGAAGGAUCAGGAGCAAUUGCAACCCCCGCGAGCCAAUCAUCAUCAGCAGCAGCAGCAGCACCACCGUUCCAACAACAACAACAACACCGUGUUGAACAACAACAAUAGUAGUAGUAGUAGUAACGUUAUGAAUAAGGAUGUUAGCAUUAGCGAAAAAAUCAAUGUGAUAAAGCAGGAGGCGGAGGAGUGUGUCGUCGGCGGAGGCGAGGAUCAGCCGGUGGCCUCCACCUCGGCGGCAGCGGCCGCCGCACGAGCCGCUGAAGCAGCCGCUGCAGCGGAGGCAGCCGCAUCGACGGGCACGCUGGCGCCAGCGCAUCCGGGACCCUCGCUGGAGGAGGUGGCCAAGACGAUAAAGCGCGAGAUGAUCGAUGCCGACGACUCCAACGAACCGCUGAGCAGCAUUCGCACAGCAGCCGUCCUGCAGUCCACGCAAUCCGAUGUUCCCGAACUCAUGGACGAUGAGGCGGAGGACGAUGUCAAUCUCGCCCAGCUCAGCAGCAUCAUCCGGCAUACGGCGGUCAAGAAGGAGCUGGAGGCCCAGCAGCAUCAGCAACAGGUGCAGCACGAACAGAUGCAGGCCGCCAGGCGGAUGGAGGAGGUUGAGGCCGCGCCCUGUUUGAACCAGCUGCCGGAUGUGAUUCGCCUGCGAAAUCUGCGCAACAGCCAAGUGCACGCGAGGCCCAAGGAUCUGUUCAUACAAGCUCCCGACGAGGAUGAAUUCAAUGCGGACUACUUGGGCGGUCUGUCGCCAACCUCCAGUCAGCGGUUGGACAUCUGCAACGAGCUGCUCUCGGAGAUUCGACGCGAUUGGCUGCACUUCCGGCCCAAAACGCCCACGGAUGAGCUGUCCGAUAGCCAGGACUGCGAGGUGGCUAAGUCCUGCGAUGGUCACGCGGUGGACUGGACCCAGGACACGCCCAUAAGCGUGGAGCUGAACCGUUUGGGCAAGCGAGAAGCGGACGAAAACGACUCGAACUCGUACUUCCUGAGCAGCGGCUUUAAGUACACGGAUCUCGAGUCGGAUGCCCAGCUGUUGCAGACGGUUCAAGCUCAGGAUUAUGCCCGCGGCAGCAGCAAGAGCCCCAACUGCUCGGGAUCCGGUUCGGGAUCUGCUCUGGAAUUCAACCUGAGCGGCGGCGACUCGCUAAACGACAUCAACAAUCUGCUGGGCGAUGACGACGAGGACGACAACCACGAGCAUAUGCUGGACAACAUACUGCAGGAGUGCGCCAUGGAUGAUCCAAAGGCCUUGAACCAGGCCACCAGUUUCUGGAACGGCAUCCUGGAUGGCGAGGCAGCCGUGGACGAAGUCGAGAUUGCCGAUCAGCUGUUGGACUGCAUUGAUGAGAAGAAACCCAAGGUGGGUGCUGCCGAUUUAUCAAAGCGCGCUGGUCGCAAUCGCAAGACGAGAUUAGCGCAAAGUCCGCUGGGUAGUUCAACGUUUACCGUCUGUCCCACGGCGGAUUCUCUCAAGCAGCGCGAGCUCUUCUUCAGCCAAGCACCGCCAGUGGUGGUCACGCCCAAAGAGGAACCUCCCGCGCAAGUGGAACAGCCGGAAGUGGUGGUGGCCAAGGAGGCAACGCUUUUGCCCGUGAAGCUGGAGCCCGUGGAGAAACCCCAGGCGGAGAUCGUUCCUGUUGCCGCACAGGCACAACAGCUGCAGCCACAACAAGCCAUUGCUCUGCCCACGACGCAGCUGAUCAACAUACCCGCCCAGAUAACCACGCAGAAGCAACAGCAGCAGCCGCAGCCCCAGGUGACGCAGUUGCUCAAUCAGUUUGCCAACGCCGGACCGCAGAUAAUCGCACGCACGGAAUACGGCGGUGGAGCGGCCGUGGGCGAUAUAGUGACCAUCACGCCGCACACGGGUAGCAGUCCACUGCCCGCUCUCACCGCGCAGCAGCAGCUGCAGCACCAGUUGGCGCAGGCUCAGCUCCGCAACGUGACCGUCCAGCAGCGACAGGCGACGCCUCAACAGACUCCCAACCAGAAUCAGAAUCCCCAGCAGCAACAGCAACAGCAGCAGCAGCAGCAGCAGUUGCUCUUCCAGAUGCAGCGGGAUCCCUCGCGCUCUUUGACGUCCCUGCAAGCUGCCGGCGCUGGCGCCACGGGCAACCACUUGAUCUACACCACCAGCUGCGGCGAGAUUGUCACAGCAGCAGCUGCGGCGGCGGCCACCUCCCAAAAGGUCACCUAUGCCAUCCAGAAGGCGGGAGUGGCCGGUGGAGGAGCCACGACCGCAUCGAUUGGACCCAACACGGUCAUCACGCUGUCCAAUGUCAAGGUCCAGGGUGACGACAGCUCCUCCGGGGGCAGUGGCAGCUCGGGCUCCUCCAGUGUCAACAUCAUCAACACAGCCAGUGGCCAGCAGCUGGCCGUGCACAGCAUUGCCGGCAUGCAGCAGCAGGUGCAACAGGUGACCACCAGUACGCCUCUGCUGGUGGCCACGCCCUCGCGCAACAAUGUGCAGCCGCAACAGCAGCAGCUGGUGACGCAGCAGCCUUUCGUGUGGCGUCAGGUAAGCGGUACGAACACGGCGGUGGCCACCACAGCGGUGCUCACCACCACGGUGGACUCCUCGCCGAAGGCGGUAACCAAUCAGAUUGUCUGGACCCGCCCGGCCACCCAGAAAAGGCAGCUCAACGGACCAGAGAAUACAGACGUCAACAAACUCCUGCUCAAUCGGAGAUUCCUGCGCAAGCAACAGUUGCAGCAACAGCAGAUCCAGCUGACCAAGCAGCAGAUCCAACAAUUGGUGCAGCACGAGGAACUGGAUGAACUGGUGGCCACGACGACGGGUAAUAGCGGCGAUCAGAUGGACACGGGCGAUCAGAUGCAGCAGCAGCAGCAGCAGCAGAAGCUCAGCAAGGUGAUCAAGAUGUCGCAGUUGCCGCUGCUCGUGUCGGAUGUCAAUCUGCAACAGCAACAAGCAGGUUCUGGUCAAGUGCAGCAGCAACAACUGAAGCCCAAUUCGGCGGCAGCGAUAGCGGCCAAUCACAACUACAGCCUGCAUCCCGCUUCGACGGCCAUCAUCACCACGCAGGCGACACCGCAGCAGGCCAACAAGAUCUUCCUGACCAGCAGCAACAGUAGUGGCGGCGGAUCCGCUGGCAACUUCACCAUCGCCUUGACCAGCGAACUGCAAGCGGCGGCGGCGGCCAAUCAAAAGCUUCACUACAAGGAGCUGCCCAACUCCAACCUCAAGCUGAACUUUGUGAGCAGCGCGGGGGCGGGCGAGCAGGCGCAGCAGGUGGGCGCCACCACGGUGCUGCUGAACAAAUCGCAACAGCAGCAGCAACAACAGCAACACCAGAAGCUGAAAACACUGGCCACCACGGGCAACUCACAAACUGGCCAGGGCGAUAAGCGUGUGCUGUACACCAGUCUGCUGAAUGUGAAGCCGCUUCAGAAGAACAACAGCGGACAGAUGCAGAUGCAACUGGGUCCGGGUGGAUUGCAGCAGGUGCUCCGAGGGCGUCUCAACAACUCGGCCAUCAUAACGAGAACGCUGCCGCUGGGCACCACUGUGAAUAGUACGGGUGGAGCCGUGGGACCUACCACCACCACCAUUAGGCAGUUGGUGGCCACGAAUGCCAAUAAUGUGAACACCCAGGAUGGCAGUCUGCUGAGUGCCAAGGAGGUGGGCAAAGCUCUGACCGUGGAGCAGGUGAUUGCCAGUGCUAACAACGGAGGAGUGGUGCUGCCUACCAGCAACAACAACAACAAUAAUAAUAACAACAAUGGCAGUGGAGCGGGCGGAAACGGAGGAGGAGGAGGAUCUGUGAGCAGCGGUGUGAAUGCCACGGUAGCUGGCGGCGGCAGCGGCGGAGGAGGAGGAGGAGCCACUGGCACGGGAGCAGGGGGAGUGGGUGUGACGUCCACCAUCAACAGAUGAGACGCGGACGGAAGCGGCAGCAGCAGCUAACAUCGAGCGCAAUCCCCAUUGCAUCUGCCCAGCGGCACUUCGCUCAGUUUGGCAGCAACGGAAAGCAGCGAGAA